AUGCAACGCCAUGGAUCUGGUCGCUAUGGGCACUCUCUUCAGUACGACCCUCCAAAGUCUUUCGAUGAUGACCGCUUCCUGGCGAUGCUCAGAUACACCUGGGAUCUCGUGCAGGAGAUCGAAAAUGAGCGCCUCGGCCGACGCUUCGGUUUGUGGGACACGAAGCUAGAUGACCCAGCCGGAAACUUUUACGAUCAGCUCAAGGACAUUCACGACGGCAUCCUGGCAUGUGUGAUGGAAACAAAUUCAGGCGGCGUCGAUGUUGACCGCAUUAUUGUCGUCCAAGGAUUUAGGCGGCUGAAUCAACAACUCCAAAAGAUUAUCAUUGAUCCACUUGAUCAAAUCUUCGAAACUGUUUCUUCGAAAGACCAGCCUCUUCCUGUCCAGGUUGAUUAUGACGCUUACCAUGACAAAUUAAAUGAUAUCGCCCGGAAUGCGUUCGAAGUCUUUGAAAAGAAACUUCAGAGACAAUUUAUGAUUCGCCGUCGACAUAAAACUUUUAAAAGGAAGCCCUCAAGGAGUAUUACUGCCUGGCGCACAAUGCUACAAUUCCAGCAUUAGAUUGUUGCCUUGCAGUGCAUUAAAGUGUUU